GGAAGUGACGAAUCACAUCGCAACGGAACGAGACCCUGCCGGCGGCAGGCACCGGGUUAAUGAAUCUAAGGAAUCUAAGCAAAUGGCUUCGCCGGGCAGGGUACAAAAGAAAACUUCCUCGGGCUUCGUCCAAUAUACACUGCCCGACUUUCCCGUACUUGUGCGACAGAUAGCCAGCAAGAGAUUCACCUUCACCGGUCAAUCGAACUGACAAGAAGGUUUUGAAGACCUGACCAUACACUGCCCGAAGUUUCCUAAUUCGGACGACGAACAAAUGCACUGCCGAUCACGUGCUUCUACCGCAUCCAAAUUGCUUCUACUGAGCCACGACAACGUUAGACAAGCUCUACUCCCACCAUGGUUCGCUCAACAAUAAUAGUUCGCGCAACAGAUGCUUUGCCAAUGGCAGCAAGCGUGGAUGAUGAGCAGACUGAGCAAGCUCUUCAGGAGCACAAGCAACAGUCGAAACUAAUUUUUCGACGUAUCACACCCAACUCGGAACCGCGGUGUUCCAUCGAAAGCGGGCAGUACACGCUGCACUACCUCCUCGCAGAUAAUGUCGUGUUUCUCACCAUUGCGGACAAAUCUUACCCGCGGAAACUGGCUUUCUCGUAUUUAGAAGAAAUUUCAAAGGAAUUCUCCGUAUCUUACGGACCCAAAGUCGAGUCUGUACGGAAACCGUAUGCCUUUGUCGGGUUUGAUACCUUCAUGUCCAAAACAGCGCGGCUAUAUCAGGAUACUCGUGCAGCUGAUACAGCCGGAUCAUCAAACUUGGAUAAGUUAAACAAUGAAUUGCAAGACGUCACUCGCAUCAUGACCAAGAAUAUGGAGGAGCUUUUAUGGAGGGGGGACUCGUUAGACAGAAUGUCGCAUCUGUCAACCUCCCUGCGUUCCGAAUCGGAGAAGUACCGCAAGGCAGCAAGAAAUAUAAACAUUCAGGCGCUCAUACGACAGUACGCACCCUUUGGUGCUGUGGCACUUCUCCUUAUCAUCGUGUUGUGGUGGCGGUUCUCAUGAACUGCAUUUGAGUUCCUUCCACGAAGAAUUGGACGUCUUUCACCCAGGCAAAGUAAUCUAUUACCUUUUGCAAGACUUUUGUAAUAUUGUGCCUCCU